CGCGGGGUGCCUUGCAAUUCCCCACUCCAGAAAGUACUCAAAGUCGCUGUUCUCCCAUCUCCUCUUUCGUUUGAACAAUAUUCUUCCAUUUCACCAUGCCUGCGCUUCAACCAUUGACGCCCAUCACCACGCUCCCCACCGCCUCAGGCUCUGCUUCGGCUUCAGGCUCGCCUCUGCCGGGACGUCUGAGGCCGAUGCCCAAAUCGUCCCCCAACUCGCCUCCCCUCGAACGCCGCCAACGGGAACGCGAUAACGAGUCUCUCCCACCCCGCGCACGCGCCCGCCGAGGGAGUGCCCCAGCAGUACCAGUACCAGCCCCAGCGCCCAUCAUGAUCGCUCUCUCCGGGUGGCCUGACGCGGUCUACAUCUCGUCCAGCAACAAUCCCAGGAAACGCGGGCGGAGCGGUACGGCUACUCCGCCGGAAGUGUAUGACGGGGUGGGCGGGCCAAGGAUAGUGCCCCAGCACAUCUCUCCUUCAGCUUCUUCCAAGACGCCUGUGAGCCGGGGUGCCCCACCGAGUGCGCGACCGGUAAUUCCGGGUAAACAAGCGGCGGCCCCCGCACCCUUCCCCACACCGCCGGUAGAUGCCGCCGGUGCCCCGAGAUUUGUGUCUGCGCCGGGUGCGAUGGCGCGGAUGGCUGCCAAAGUGGCCAAAACACGGGCAAUCCUCCCAAAGCCCCCCGCGCCUGCCCCUCCUGCCCCCCCUCCCCCUUCUGCCGCACCCCAGCACUCCAUCUUCGCCACCACCUGCCCCCACCUCGCAGACCCCUCCCUCGGACCAUGCCCCUUCCCGACCCACCCCCACGACAUCCGCGGCAUGUUCCCUCCUACGAGCCACCUCGAAAAGCUCUAUGGCAAGAAGGUCGCUGUCGAGCCUACUGUUGGGACGAAAGGGGCCAAGAGGCCGGUGGCGCAGCCUUUGCCGGUGACGAUUGUCGAAGGGAAGGGCAAGGGGAAAGAGGUACCGGUGCCGAUUCCGUCUGUCUCUUCGGCCCAGGGCAAAACGCCUGCCCCGCGCCCUGCGCUCUCCCACCCGACACCACACCGCCACGCCUCCGACCCGCGCUACCUCCCCUCCUCGGCCUUCCUGCACAAAGGCCGGGCUUUACCGCUCGUACCUUCGUGGUCUGGCGCGUCGUCUGCUUCGUCAAGUAGGGUCGGUACGCCGGGGGUCGAUUCUUCUGCUUUUGUCAAGCAGCCUGAGGUUGAGGGAGAGGGGCAGGGAGGAGGAGACGUAGAGAUGCAAGACCCCAAACUGCCCACCAAACGACAGCUCUCCCCUUCUCCUUCCUCUUCCUCCUCUUCCAUGCUGGAGGACGCACACCCCAACAAAGUCCGUCUGCUAUCUCCCUCUGCCCCUUCCGCUUCCACUCCCACUCCCACUCCCACUUCCACUUCCACUACAUCAUCCUCCUCAUCAUCGUCUUCUACCACCCCCGCUCUGAGCAUUACACCCAAGUCGACUUUGGAUCCAGCACAAGACCCGGGUCUACUAUGGAAGCGCGUGAUCGUCAAUCAUGCCGAGCUUAUGGACAUUGACGUUGACGUUGACGUCGAUGUCGAUGUUGGCGACCAUCACCGUCAUACUGAAGCUGAGGCGGCAGUGGAAGAGGCAGAGGAAGAGGAAGGGAUGAGUAUGGAAGUCGAUACAGAAAUCGGCGUUGGUCGAGUUAUCGCUUGA